AUGUUUGCGACACUGACCUUAAAGCCGGAACCUCCUAAAGCUUAUGGUACCGCGGAGAAAGGGAAACCUGUCUCGCAGCAGCAGGCCGAAAGACCUGAACCUGGUAUUAGCCCGCCCCAGUAUAGGUGCCCCUUCCUGGGACAGGAAGCUGCCACCCCUUGGGGCGUACCCGCAACAGUUUCUGAGAAAGAUGAUCCAACCUUGGCCUGUCGUCCUUCGGCAUCAGUGCUGACCAUUGGCGCCAGAGUAUUCUCCACGGUGAAUAUCCGUGUGGUGGUCACACCUGCCACAGAAAUGGACAACCAGAUCGCAUCCUACGACCUUGCUGUGGAAACGAAGGAUGUUGAUGUCUAUAUCAACGAAGCUAAACUUUGUGAUCCAAAGAAUAAGAGAAAUUAUGAAUUCUUGCUAAAUGAUGUCCGAGUAUUCGCAAAGUAUGUUCAUUGUGGUGGAUCUACAUCGCGCGCUGCCGCGCCACGGUGCGAACGGUGGUCCGAGAUGGAAACCUAA